AUGGAAAUAAAUCACGAACGACUAGUUCAGGUUUUGUGUGUAGCAGAAGCACUUGGUAUGCUACAAGAUCCUGUGCAAAGGCCACGUAGACAACACUGGGUUCACCCAAUGAAUCAUGAUAGGGAAACAAGCGGACGAUUUUUUAAGUUUUAUAACGAUAUAAGAUUAUAUCCAGAAAAGUUUUUCUUAUAUUAUCGGAUGUCAAUCAAACCAUUUGACGAAUUACUUAAAAAAGUACGUGACCAUAUAUCAAAGAGAUAUACACCUUGGCUGAAUCCUUUGAGUGCAGAGGAAAGAUUAACCAUUACACUCAGGUAUCUAUCAACUGGAAUGACGUUUACUGCGUUACAUUUUGAAUUUAAAAUAGGCAAAAGUACUGUUGGUGAAAUAGUACGAGAAACUUGUAUUGCAAUAUGGAACAUGUUGCAAAAGGAAGAAAUGCCUGAGCCCACAACUGAACAUUGGUUGGAAAUAUCAAAUACAUUUUAUUCAAAAACCAAUUUUCCCAACUGUCUUGGUGCUGUAGAUGGGAAACACAUUCGUAUACAAAAUCCAAAAAACAUGGACUCACUCUUUUUUAACUACAAAAAAUAUUUUUCAAUUAUUUUAAUGGCCGUAGUUGAUGCCAAUUUGAGUUUUAUUUACAUUGAUGUUGGAACUUCGCCGUCAACCGUCAACCGCAACAUGUUGCGGUCGAUUUUUCGACCGCGGCGGUUUCCGCGGCUGAACCGCAUAAGUGUGAACGCAUAUCAGGCGGUUGCAUUUAAAAUCAAACAAUUUGAAUUUGUUGGAUGGUUCAACCGCUGCGGCUCAACCGCUAUGUGUGGCCUGACCCUUAGUGAAAAGGGAGGACUAAAUUAG